AUGCAGCAGAACCCGUGGAGUAACACUCAGAUGAUACCUAGGUUCCACAUCAACGAAGACAGAGUCUGACCGCUGAUGACAAGCUUUCAGUCAAACUAACCUUUAACAAACCGAUAAAACGCCUCAACAGAAUGAUCCCAGAGUUGUCCAACCCCUCGGUGUGCAUGAAGGACCCAGAGAGGGUGAAGGAGAUCCUAGAGUCCAUGGUGAAGGCUGGCUCCAACACCGUGCAGGUGAUCUCAGAUUUUGACAUGACCCUAACACGGUUUGCACACAACGGCAAAAGGUGCCCAACGUGUCACAAUAUUCUUGACAACAGCAUGCUUAUCACAGAGGACUGCAAAGUAAAGCUGAAGGACCUGCUCAACAAAUACUACCCCAUAGAAAUAGAUUGUACACGGUCAAUAGCCGAGAAGUUGCCCCUCAUGGUGGAGUGGUGGACUCAAGCUCAUGAGCUCCUGGUAAAGCAGGAUAUCAGGAAAGACAAGUUGGCCAUUGUGGUGCGGCAGUCUGAAGCCAUGCUGAGGGAGGGCUACCAGCUCUUCUUCGAUCACCUGCAUGAGCACAGCAUCCCUCUGCUCAUCUUCUCUGCUGGAAUAGGAGACGUCCUGGAGGAGGUGAUUCGCCAGGCCGGGGUCUUCCACCCCAACGUCAAAGUCUUCUCCAACUACAUGGACUUCGAUGAACGUGGCGUAUUGAAAGCCUUCAAGGGAGUGCUGAUCCACAUCUACAAUAAAAGGGAAGGCGCUCUGCUCAACACCGGCCACUUCCAGGAGCUGCGGACGCGACCUAAUGUGGUGCUGAUGGGGGACUCACUGGGAGAUCUGACCAUGGCUGACGGGGUGCAGGACAUGGAGAACAUCCUGAAGAUCGGGUUCCUCAACGACAAGGUGGACGAGAGGAAGCAGUCAUACUUGGACUCAUAUGACAUUGUGCUGAUAAAAGAUGAAACCCUGGUAGUUCCUAAUGCUGUAAUGCUCUACCUCACUGGCAACAAGUGAACUGAGCGUUUGUUGUCCUCUGGCCAGCGGGGGGGGGGGGGCUCUCUGGUGCCAUAAGGUGAAUAAGCCUAUCUCCAGAUGUCAUCGACAAACCAGCUAAGAAUGGUUAUAGUGUUUUUUACUUAACUAAAAGUUUUACACUUUAGUGAACGAGUCUGGGAUACCACAUAUCACUGUACAAGUCCAGUUGACUUCCAGAGCUCACAAACACCACGUCACUCUUUAUAUUCUUGUCCUUCCUCUCGUGUUUAUAGUUAUACUCCUUUCGACCAUAAUGUUUGUAUAUGGUGGAAGCCAGAAUUGCAGUGUCUACGCACUGUGCAGCAUGUUAAGAGUGGGUUCGGUGAUGGGUGCUGUUUUCUACUUGUUUGAGGGACGAUUUUUUGUCAGACUGUUCUGGUUUUCAUAUAGGAAAUAAUAAGGGAAAGAAAAACAUACACAACGGUGUUAAACUUCUGGAUUGAAAUCGGUUUACAGCCUCCUGCAAUAAAACUAUUUUCAGCUCAUUUUAACCUGAAACUUAAUGUUUUUUAUAUGCGAUAUUCCAUGUGUUGUCUCGGCCUUGUCUUGUAGGUUCUGGUUAUAUAGUCAAACAAUACAGGUUGUAAUUUUCAAUAAAUCCUUGUUUCUUUAGUACCGUAUAACACCACAGUGCUGGUAGAUGGUGCACAAUGACAAAUUUAAUUAUAGGUGAGCAGAAAUAUCCAGAUUUUAUAAUAUUUAAUAUCUGAGUUCAUUCAUUAUUUGUGAUAACUAACUGCUACCUCCAGAAAAUGAUUUUGGUGGAUUUACAUUAUUUCCCCUUUUAUACUGUAUAACAAGGUCAAAUUUUUGCAAUCCAACAAAAAGAUUCUUAAAACCGUUUAACAUUUGAGUCAACAAAGACAGACUUUGUUUUCCGUCAUUUGAGCCAUGAGUCUUGGGUUCUUUUGUCCAAACUCAUUUCCAUGGCAGAUGUUGCAACUUGUUUGAAAUAAAAUGUUAUUUCAUCUG